GAGUGUCCUGACGAGCAGCCCACACCGGAGCAGUCAACGAAGAAGAGAGCGGCUUCACCACCAACCUGUGAAGACAAGCCGUCAAAAAGAACUGUGCUGCUGUCAGUUGAACCGCAACUGAGAUUUGAGGAUUGCGAAAGUGCGAGGCAAAGCGACAACGCAUUUGAACUUGGAGACGUUGUCCGGCCAAACGACCACUGGGCAAUGCACAAGUUUUGUCAUUACGACGGAAUCGCUUAUGUUUCGGCCUUCCUAAGUCGUGAACUUGUAAGCAUCGAAAAGACCGUGCUCAUGAAUUACGGUACCGAUCGCAGUGAAGUGAUUUGUCGGACAUAUGUUCGGAAGACACUGGUCUCCGAAAAGGUCGCCUAUAACCUUGAAGAUGCCAAACAAGUCCUCGACUGCGCAGAAUCUCUUCACCCUUGCAGAGGGGCAGGUAGAGCGAGAGACUUCACCUAUGACGUUCUUACGAAGAAACUGGAGCAGCAAAUCUCUCAUUCCGACGGCCUUGUCUUCAGUGUCACGUGCAAAGGAGCGGUUAAACAACAAGGUUCUUCAUGCAUUUCAUGCAAGUACGUGAGGAAGGUAAUACUCACAAGAAAAAGCUACCUGAAACGAAAGGAACGAAGAAACCCAGUCUCCACCAAACUGCGGGUCCUGAGCCAGAGGAACAAGCGAAUGGCGGCAAGGCUGUUGGACAUUGCUGGUCGUCUCGAAGAGAUGAGGGCAAAGAAUGCGAAUGUCGCGGAUGAAACACUAGAGGAAAAAAUAUCGUCACUACCGCGAAAGCAGCAGGCAAGUGUUCGCGCUUGCUUUCAAGCUGCCAAACAAACCAGCAAGAAGGGCAUGCGCUACAGUCAGGAGUGGAUCCUCGAGUGUUUACUCAUGAAACUAAAGAGUCCCCAGCUUUACCAGCACAUCAGAAAGAACGAAAUUCUCGUGAUGCCCAGCAACACUACUUUGAAAAGAUACUUGAGGUCAUACCAGUCGGCAUUCGGCUUUAAUGCAGCAGUAAUGAACACUCUAAAGAAAAAAACCGCGAGCAUGUCAGACCUCGAAAGACAUGGAGGAUUAUUGGUGGAUGAAAUGAAAUUGUCAGAACACUUCAGUGUGACGGCGUCUGGCCAGAUUCAAGGCUUCGUGGACCUUGGAGAAUUUACGAAGCCCGAGGACAAGUACCAGCAAUGCGAUCACGGCAUAGUCAUCAUGUUUGUGCCUUUCGCAGGGAGAUGGAGCCAAAUUGUUGGCGUUUUUGCGACAAAAGGAAAUGUGAGAGGAGACAUUUUAUUGAAAAUUCUCAUGGAAGCUACCAUCCUCGUGGAACAGGCGGGCUUGUUCGUUGACCACAUCACUUGUGACGGAGCCCCCUGGAACCGAAAGAUGUGGAAGCUAGCGGGAGUGUCGGCGUCAUCGAAGGAAAUAAACAGCGCCACACAGCAUCCUGUCGACGAGAUGCGGCAACUGCACUUUAUCUCCGAUUUCCCGCAUCUGCUAAAAUGCCUCAGGAAUGGUCUUCUCCAGAAAGGCUUUGCAACACCAGAGGGAUUGGUGUCCGUGCAUCCAGUUCGGGAGGCGUACCUACGGGACAGAAGUGUUCGGACACUGAAAGUUAUGCCCAAUUUGACCGAGACGCAUCUGGAUCCAAACUCCUUUGAGAAGAUGAGAACCAUUUUCGCCUUCCAACUAUUCGGUCCAUAUGUCCUACGGGGCCUGGCCUUCUACAAGGAGGACAUCGAGAGAAGGUGUGGCAGCAUCGAGGCAACUCAGCUGUUUUUCUCGUGAGUCGCGCUUGCGUUCCAAAUGAAUUAAGUAUAAUCGUAAACAUCUCAAACACAUGAUGAGCGCCCUUCUGACAUACGUUCCUUUCGUUUAUUUUGCAGGAAGAUCCAGCGACUGAUCACCGUGAUGACUUCCAGGUUUCGUGCCGAAGCACUGAGACCAGCUUCCACAGACGCGGCAUUUCUGUCCGAUUUUCUGGACUUCCUGAACGACUGGGAAUCAUUCAGUGACAACAAGCGGCACUUUCUCAGCGAGUCCACUGCCAUAGGUUUUAGGGUCACUAUAGCAAAUACCCUUUCAUUGCUGAAGUACCUGACAGAAAGCGUUGGUUUCAAAUUUCU